CCGAGUGUGACCCGCUCCAUAUUGCUCCGUAAUUAUUCUAUCAAGGCCUUUUUCUUUCAAUCCUUGUAACUGUAUCACUGUACCCUCUCCCACAUCUUUUUAGAUUUGCAGAAUGAUAGCAGAGACACAGAUUGACUAAUGGUACAGAUCACAAUAAUGCAAAUAUGGUUCCCCUCUUCUCUCUCCUCUCUUCUUGCUUUUACUUUCUGCCCCUCCCACUGUCACUCACAGUAUUAUUGCUUUUUUCACCAUUUCCCCCCUUCUCUUUUCAUCUCAGCCUCAGCCACUGGGCCUUUUCUUUGCUGGGUUUUUGGGUGCAGUGUAUGUUGUGUUAUUGUCCGGGUCUUGACUGUCUUCCCUCCUGUCACCACCCUCCAAAGCGGUAGAACUCAUAGAGCGCCAGAGAUGAAGAAGCUGAGGAUGGCAUUGGGGUGGCCGAUAAUGAUGGUGGUGCUAACGUGCGCCGUGGUGGCCAUGCUGCCCGGAGUCUCGUCGGACCACAUUGUCGUGGGUGGAUUCAGGUUGUGGAAUGUGAACGUGAACUACACCUACUGGGCUCGCGGCAAACAUUUCUACCUUAACGACUGGCUCGAUUUUAUAUACGAUAAGAACCAGUUGAGUGUGCUUGAGGUAAAUGAGACGGAUUAUGAGUCCUGCAAUGCUGACCAUCCCCUUCACAACUGGACUCGUAUUGGGGGGAAUGGAAGGGACUUGGUUUCACUCAACAUGAUUAAAACCUAUUACAUCAUUAGUGGCAAUGGGUACUGCAAGAAGGGGGUGAAAGUAGCUGUCACUGUGGAAAAGCCCCCACCCUUCCAAAUGAGAGCCCGUUCUCCAGGUUUGCUCUCGACUUUUGGGGGUCAAAUCGUAGUGCCUGUUGUAUUUGCUAUUGCUGCCAUUUAGGAUUCAUUUUCGUUUCUUUACUGGUGUAUCACACUAUUGACUAAUGUUGACUCAAUUGGUAGCAAAAAUUACGUA